AUGACUGGUUCCGAAAACCUUCCCAAUUUGGCAUCUGAUGCCGUCUUGAAACACUCAGUCCCAGUUCCUGACUCAUUUGAAGAGGUGAGUGGUGUCGAUUAUUCAAAAGAUAGCGCAUACAAUAUGAAGGCCAAAGACCUAAUCUCAUCAAUGUCCAAAAUGGGGUUCCAGGCUAGUUCCUUAUCCCAAGCAUGUAGAAUUAUUGAUGAAAUGAGAACUUGGAGAGGCAAACACAAAUCUGAACUAGAGGAGCAUAAACAAGGCGGAGAAUUCGAUGACGAUGGGUUUCAAAAAACAACCAUUUUCAUGGGUUACACAUCGAAUUUGAUUUCGAGUGGGUUGAGAGAUACUUUGCGUUAUUUAGUGCAGCAUAAGAUGGUGAGUGCCGUUGUUGCUACUGCUGGUGGUGUGGAGGAAGAUUUGAUCAAGUGUUUGGCUCCUACAUACAUGGGAGAUUACACUUUACCCGGAAAAGGAUUGCGAGACCAAGGGAUGAACAGAAUUGGUAACUUGUUGGUUCCAAACGAUAACUAUUGUAAAUUCGAAGAGUGGAUUGUUCCUAUAUUUGAUCAAAUUCUACAAGAGCAACAAGAGGAAUUGGCAAAGGAAGGCGUUAAUGCAUUUGAUGCUAAUUCAAAAGCCAAUUGGACUCCAUCGAGACUCAUUGAUAGACUAGGAAAAGAAAUUAAUGAUGAAACUUCAGUACUUUAUUGGGCACAUAAGAACCAAAUACCCAUAUUUUGUCCUGCGUUGACUGAUGGAUCUAUUGGUGAUAUGUUAUUUUUUCAUACGUUCAAGGCAUCGCCUCAACAAUUGCGUCUAGACAUUGUUGCUGAUAUUAGAAAGAUCAACUCAAUGUCGAUGGAAGCGUCAAAAGCAGGUAUGCUCAUUUUGGGAGGUGGUUUGAUUAAACAUCACAUCUGUAAUGCAUGCUUAAUGAGAAAUGGUGCUGAUUAUGCUGUUUACAUAAACACUGGACAAGAAUUUGAUGGAUCCGAUGCCGGAGCAAGGCCAGAUGAAGCAAUCAGUUGGGGAAAGAUCAAAGCGGACGCCAAAUCUGUGAAAGUGUAUGCUGAUGUAAGUUUGGUACUUCCGUUAAUUGUGGCGGCUACAUUUGCAAGUGAAAAACCAGAGAAAAGUACACAAAGAAUUUGA